AUGUGUCACUGCAAGAUCAUCGCUGGGGAUCGCCCCAGUCACAGAGUGUCGAUCACAGAUGACACCACACAUCAGGUAUUUACUGUGACUAUGAGCAGACUGGACAGGACUGACACAGGCUGGUACUGGUGUGCACUACAAAAGGGAGUAGGAGAUGAAAAAGUUCCUGUCUACAUCAGGGUCACUCCAGAACCUCAGCCUCAGCCUCAACCUCAACCUGAACCAAUCCCAACAAAGGGCUCAUCACCUCUCCAGUCCACAGUUGCUACUGUCUCUGCCAGCACAAACCAAAGCAAAGCUGGAGCAGUCAGCAGCUGCAGCAAUGAAACUUUGCCUCAAACACCAGAAACAUGCAGCAAGCCUGAAGAAAGAAGUGAUUCUAUGACCAUUGUCCUGGUGAUCAGUGGCCUGCUGAUUGUGCUCCUUCUGGCAGCUGUCAUUUUCACUCUCCGAAUGAAAAGAAACAUGGAGGAAAAUCUAAAUCAAAAGAGGAACACGCAACCAUCUGAAUUCAGGAGACAUGAAGCGACUAAGGAACAACCCUCUGGGGAAAUCCAAUAUUCAGAUAUCUCAUUUCUUUGGGAAACCAAGGACGACACAAAGCCUCCAGAGGAGCCAGAACCAGCAGUGCUUUGA